AUGGCGCGCCACGCCCUCGUCGCCCUCCUCAUCUGUGCCGCUUUUGCUCUGCUGGCUAACCAGAGUGUCCAGGCGGCUAUUGCCCGCGCCGACUUCAGCAAUCCAACAUAUCCUGGCAAGUGCGUUUUGGACUCCAACACAAUUAUGUCGCCGGGCCAGACCGGCAAGGCGCCCAACCAUCCCUGCGCUGGCGUUACCUGCAUGGAUGGCGGACGUGUGGAGUUCAGGACCUGUGCGGCCGUUGCCCCGCCCCGGGGCUGCAAGCAACGGGACUUUGCCAACAGCAAUCGUGCCUAUCCGGAGUGCUGUGAGCGCAGCUACGAUUGUACCAAACACAUUUAG